AUGUCUUCAACUGAGGUACCUUGUCAGUGUACUAAAGACACCCUAAAGUAUGAUUCAAUGAUCCUUAAUGCAUGGUAUCAAGUCCAUCUGGAGAACCUUUGUAACAACAACAAUGACAAUAUAUCAAGCAUUACACACAUAAACAUGCAACCAAGUCUGCCAGCUAUUGGUGUGGCUGGGGACCCUUUUCUAAGCACCCACUUUUCGGCAUCUAUCCAGAGCCUAUUUCCAUGUCGUAAUUUGGAACCCUCAAAUAUCGGCGUAACUGAAGACCAUCUUCUAAGAAGUAGCUUUUCUACAUGCAUGUGUGGGUUAUCUCCUUUCAUUACUACGAGACCAUCAGUCUUGGCACCAUCUCAGAUUCCGUCCACAGUUUCCAGCCACACUUUUAAUAAUAGCUACAACCAACAACAACAACAACAACAACAACAGUAUCAACCGCAGCAACAGCAGAAUCAAUAUCAAAUCCAACAAAGCAAGAAAAAUAUUAUUUCUGCUGAUCAAGAAACUCUUGUUGCCUCGAGUCAGUCUCAUACCCCGCAUAUGGUCCCGUACCAAAAGAGACACGUUAAACCAACCAAAAGAAUGUCUUUACCCAAUUUUCCUUUAGCCAGCGGUAUAAGUAACAUAGAACACCAUUCCUGGAAAUUUAUCAAUUUCAACCCUAGCACCUUCCACAAAUGGGAUCACAAAAAAGAUGUCAAGAAUCAAGUGAUACCAUCACAACUGCCGCAGCAAAAGCAUCAGUCAUAUCAACCAUGGCAACCACACCAGCCACACCAGCCAUACCAACCAUGGCAACCACGGCAACCGCACCAACCACAGGCUGAUAGUCAGUCGUGUUUUGGGAAUGAAUAUAUAGUUGGACUACAGGAAAGGGAAGUGAAUGACCAACGAAUUAGGUACAGAUGUGAGGAGUGUUCGUUUGGUAGCUACUAUAAUAGGAAUGUGAAAAGACACAAGGUUGUCCAUAUGCCAUAUCGUGAGAAUAAGAAGUGUCCCGAGUGUAAUAAGUCGCUUGCCAAUCCCUACAACCUUCAAAGGCACAUUUCUACUGUUCAUAUUGCUACAAAAAAACAAGCAUCUUCUUGA